AUGAAUAACAGAGUCAAAACAAUCAAUUGUGUAAAAGGCGAAAUCCACAACCUCCUGGCCAUCAUGCGCUUCGUUCCUGACUUCACAGCAUCUCCAGAAAUCGUGAUUUAUAUGUAGUAUAUAGCAGAGUUCAAAAGCUUGUUCCAAUCCUUGCUUGUAUGUUCUGACGUGGACUCAUUGGAUUUUUGGUCGCCAUUCCUAAAAAUCAUACAAUCCACUGAAGUGGCAGGUCCUAUUGUAGGCGUAGCUUUGUCCUCGAUCCACAAAUUUCUAUUGUAUGGGUUUUUGUCACCAACAUCAGGAUUCAUUCUGAAUAACAUCGUUUAAAUCUUAAUUUAGCAAGGACUUGGCCGUAUUGGUUAAGCAGUCACCUAGGACACUUCCAGAGGGCUUUACGACAUUUCCUGUCAGGCACUUGAUCGAUCAAGAAUGACUCUGCAAGCAAGAAAAGUGUUAAAAUCAUCUUCCCCUUGUCCGGCUCCUGAUGCCAUGGAACCUACAGAGUGUUCUUCUGCUGAGAAUAUCUUAUCCUUGCCUUGAAGGCUUCAUUUUUUAAGUGGGCAGACUAAGGACUUCUGCGGCCCCUCAUUAGGCGAUUGGUGAGCAGCUUUAUUCAGGAAUUAAAACCUGGAUUCUAAUGGAUGGUAGGCGUCUACCCUCAGCAGCUACAGGAAAAACCUUAAUUCCUGGGCCCAGGCCGCACUCCUGGUAUCGCGGUGAGUUUCACCUUCUGAUCCCAAAGGACUGCUAGGUAAACUCUUUCCAACCACAUGAACUAAGACAAGACCUACCCCAGACAUACAUAAAACUAUAUCAGACCUAAACCUUGGCUGAUUUCUCGCCUAGUUCACCUGGCCAUAAGAUUGAGAAAAUGCCUAAAGAGGUCGAGUGAGGUUAAGUCGCCAUUUUUGCGUAUAUAUGAAUAGCAUCGUCAAUAGUGUGGUUCAAUGAAAUAUUCCAGGGCUUUAUUCAAGCAAUGAUGAAGUGAUAUUUAUGAAACUCCUACAAGUCUUCUUGCUCUUUUCCUAUGUAAGAAAGAAAAAUCAUUGGAAAAGUACUUUUUAUUUUGGAAAUUAAUCUCUUAGUGAGCAAACAAAAAGUAUCCAUAGUAUAAAAAUUAUUAUGCAAAAUAUUCUCACGCAUAAAUAAUCAUUAUCAUAAUGAAAUUACUAGCUAAUUCUAUUAUAUAUAAAUUUAUAAAUUUAAAUUUUUUAUAAAUGGGGUUAUUUGAAGAUCUUAUAUAAAGAUUUAAAAAUAACCCUUAACCCUUCUGUGAUGUAUCAAGAUAGUUUUACUUGCUCACAGAAGAAGGAGUUAGAGUGCUUGAGAACACAGGCAAGUAUUUAUUUGACUGAUGCAAGUGUUUGGAGCAUUGUAAAAAGAUGCUUUGAUGUAUUUGAUAAAGAAAGAGUAAGCGAACUUUUAAAAAAGACAGCCCAAAACACUUUGCUGCAAAUAUUUAUUGUUAUUUUCAACAGAACCGCAGAAAUGGGGAAUGAAGAGUGCUAUGGUGUUCCAUGUGUCAGAAAUAUUUUGCUGAAAUUAGCAAAUCUGAUUGGGACAAAUGAGAAAAAUGAAGCUAAUUGGAAAGAAAAGAGAUGCUUGGGACUGUUUUUGAUGAACACAGCACUUGAAACAGCAGGCGAAGCAAUGGGCCUGCACGAAGGAAUUGUGCUUAUAAUCCAAGAUGAAGUCUGCAAGUCACUCCUGAUUAACUCAAAUACAGGAGAUUUGUUCAUUUUAUCGCUAACUUUAAGAGUGGUUUUCAACCUCUUUCAAUCCAUCAAAAGACAUUUAAAGGUCCAGCUAGAAGUAUUCUUUAACAGCAUUCAUCUUAAAAUUGCUUCUGAGUAUGAAGAUUCACAAGAUCCCUUUGUAUACCAAAGAAGCGAACUGGCACUAGAAAGCAUUGUGGAUUUUUGCCGAGAGCCAAGUCUAGUUCUUGAGCUUUAUACCAAUUAUGACUGUGAUCUCCAUUUUGCAAACCUCUUUGAAGCUUUGUCAAAAUUUUUAUGCAAGCAUGCUUUCCCUCUGCAUCAAAAUUUAAUAAGACUUAAUGAGCUGUGCCUCCAAGGACUUUUAGCAAUAACUUCAACAAUAUCUAUUAGAUGUGAUCCUGAAAUGCAUAAUAUUGAGCCAGAGCCACUCGAAAAUAAAAUUAAAGAAAAUAAAGUAAUGAAAGAAAAAUACUCAGAAUCUGCUUAUAUCUUUAAUAACCAUCCCAAAGAUUUUAUUGUGAAACUUCAAGAAAAAAAUUAUUUGCCUAAAAAUUGUGACGCAGAAGCUGUUGCGAAAUUUUUAAAAGAAAAUCCUGCAAUAGAUAGCACGUCUUUAGGAGAAUAUCUUGGUAAGCCUGGAGAGUUCAAUCAAGAAGUGCUCCGCCAUUAUUUGAAAUUCUUUGACUAUGGAGGUAUGAGAAUAGACCUUGCGUUAAGAUUAACUUUUACAAGUUUAAAAGCCCCUGGCGAGCCUCAAUGCAUUGAUAGAAUUCUUGAUGCAUUUGGAAAAGUCUAUUUUCAACAAAACCCUGAGUUUGCAGAUGAAACUGCUUCCUAUGUCCUUGCAUUCAGCAUUAUCAUGCUCAAUACAGAUUUACAUAGCUGUGCAGUUAUAAAUAAAAUGAGCAUAGAAAGCUACAUGAGAAACGUGAAGGGUGUAAAUGGAGGAAAAGAUUUCCCUCAAGAAAUGCUUAUUGAAAUCUAUAAUAGCAUAAAGAACGAGCCAAUUCAAGUCUCAGAAACUGUAAAUGUCGUCAAAAGUGAGGAUUUGGCUGAUAAUGAUCUAGCCAAUAACACAUGGAAAAAGAUUAUCAAGAGGACUAAAGGGUCAAUGAAUUAUAGAAUGCUCAAUGAACUCAUGCUUCAGCCAGCAGGAGAAAAUGAAAAAGAUAUGCUGGAUAUAUUAUGGGAGUCCGGGAUCCUAGGGACAUUAACAAAUGCUAUGGAUUGUGCAGGAGAAGAAAAAUCAUUGAAAGCAAUUAAAGAGCUUUUUAUAGAAAUCUCUAAAAUUUGCACAUAUUUUAAUAUGACUGACCACAUAAACCGACUUCUGAGCACUCUUUGUCAGUGCUUUUUAAGAAAUACUGACUCUAUCAUUGCAUUUCAUCACAGUAAAAGAGCUCUUUAUGCCCUUGAAGCUGCAGUUGAGUGUGCAAUUGCAUGCAAAGACCACCUAAAUGGUGUUUGGGGCCACCUCAUUAACUGUCUAUUUAGACUUCACUCAUUGAAAUUAUUGCCACAGCAAUUAAUUGACCUUGAUGAUUUUGUAGACAAAGAAGGAAGAAUUCUGCCAAUGUCAAACCCAGUUCUUGACGACUCAUUUUUUCAGUACUUCAGAGCAGGAUCUAAAGUAUAGAAAUUGCCCGAGGAUGGCGCUAUUUUGCACCAUCCUCGGGCAAUUCAAAAAACAGGCCCCACACGGGAAUUGAACCCACGUGUGGGGCCAUUUUUGGCAUGUGGAGAAUAUUGACUUCCACGUACCAAAAUUCCCGUGUGGGGUCAUUUUUUGAAUUGCCCGAGGAUGGCGCAAAAUAGCGCCAUCCUCUCGGGCAAUUUCUAUAUCCAACCCUCCAAGCCAUAAAAGUGAAGAUGAUACAGUCGAAGAAUCUUCUGGGCUCUGGGCUUCUUUUGCUAUGUAUUUAGGAGUGCCAACUCAGCCAGCCAAAAGAGGAGAUGAGCUGAUGCAAGAACUUACACAAGAGCUGAGAGAAAAAGUAAUAGGGACUGGAAUACAUCAAAUCUUUUUAAAUACCAAAUCUUUACCUUUGGAAUCAUUGAACUACCUGCUUAGAACUUUAAUUCAAAGAUGUAAGGAUUCUAAUGAAGAAGUUAAUAUUGUCCUUAGCCUCGAACUUUUAACAAACUCUAUACUUUCAAAUGCAAUCAGGCUGGAGGUAUCUGAAUGAAAAUCAGCUAUAGCACAUUUAGUUAAUGUUGUGACAAGUACUCAUCACUCUUGGAGCACUGAAAGAGGGCUUGUAUGCUUACUGAGAUUAUGCAUUCAUCACCAUGACGAUAUUGUUGACUUAAAAGCCAGCUUGGUAACUGUAUUGGAGCAUAUGGCUGAAUUACCUCCCAAAAAACUGUCAAGAUAUGCUGAUCGUUUGGCGGCUGGCAUUUUAAUACUAAUGAACUCAGGAAAUACUAGCUUUUUGAUUCAAGGAAGCUCUUGGACCUUACUGCUGAAAAUUCUGAACUCUUUUUCUUUAAUAGAAAGAACAGCUAUGACUGGCUUCGAAAUCGUCUCUUUAAUCAUCCACCACCUUCACGAGUGGCCUGGGGUUGAGCUAAAAAUGUAUGAAGAACUCUUAGAUCUCAUUAUUGUGUAUAUAAGGCAAGAUCUUCCUUCAUCUGGACGAAUUUCGCUUGGACUUAAACUAGUGCACUCCUUACACAAGCAAAUUUUAAAAAGAAACACAUCAGAAGUAGUCAUCUAUUUUUGGAAAAAAAUUCUUGCAUUGGUUGGAAGACUCUGCCAAGAACAAAAGCAGGCAUUAAGGCUUCAAGCUUAUACACUGCUUCAAGAAAUAAUUCUGACCAGCAGUUCUCAUCCUGAUUUAGAAAAAUGGCCGCUUUGGAAAGAAUGCUUUGAGCGAGUUCUAUUUCCUCUUGUCGUCGAGCCAUUUAUGAUUACUAGAGAAAUGCUAAAAGAUAUAUCUGAUGAAAAAGCCACUAUCAUGAAAAAAGAAUUUGAAAUGUGCAGAGAAAAAGCUAUGGAUAUCAUCUGUUACGCAGUUUUAUUUAAAAUCAAAACCCUGAACACAGCUUCUGAGUUCACCACUUUUUGGGUCCGUCUGCUUAAACUAUUAUCACAGACUUUGAAAAACAAAGAAAGUGGGGACGUAAAUGAAAAAAGCUAUGAAAUGUUAAAGAACUUGCUUUUGGUACUGAAAACUGACAAUGAUUUGAAUCAGGAACAGUGGACACUUACUUGGGAGAUUAUUAAUUUGGAUGCUCUAAGACACGAAAUAGAGCCUGAAACGGCUUCUCAACAACACAUUGAUGACACAAUUGAAGUUUUAUAA